UUCACCACACUCUUCACUCAAACCGAAACAAUAGACCAUACACAAAAAUAGCAAAUGGCAAACAAGCUCUUCCUCGUUUCUGCAACUCUCGCCCUCUGCUUCCUCCUCACCAACGCUUCCAUCUACCGCACCGUCGUCGAGUUCGACGAAGAUGACGCCACUAACCGCCAAUUCCGCCCACAACAGAAAUGCCAGAGGGAGUUUCAGCAACAACAACACCUAAGAGCUUGCCAGAGCUGGAUGCGCCAGCAAUCUAGGCAAGGCCGUGGUAGCGGUCCCGCCCUCGAUGAUGAGUUUGAUUUCCAAGACGACAUCGAGAACCCACAGCGGAGAGACCCCGUACUCCAACAGUGCUGCAACGAGCUCCAACAGCAAGACCCAGAGUGCGUUUGCCCCACCUUGAAACAGGCAGCUAGAGCUGUUAGACUCCAGGGACAGCAAGGACCUUACCAAGCCAGCCAAAUUCUCCAGACCGCUAAGCGCUUGCCUAACAUUUGCAACAUCCCACAAGUUGGUGUUUGCCCCUUCAGGGCCUCCCCUUACUACUAAAUUUGAAACCUAGCACGAUGAUUAUGAGUGUGACGACUAAUGUAUGUUAAUACUAUAUACACAAUCAUCGUGUGUGUUUUUUACAAAUAUGUAAGUUAAUGUUUGCGGCUAAUAUAAUUAGUACUACAUACCGUAAUAAAAGAGAGGUUUCUGUUUUAUA